GGCCCUGUUCGUUUGACUCUUCGAUGCAGCCAAGAUUGCCGACCUCUGGGCCAGCUGGCGUGUGCUGCUCGGUAAGAACAAGAAGGCCCAGCGCUGCCUGGCGUGGAUUGCCUUUAUUGCAAGUUGCGGAAUCGAAAAGAGAACCAGAAAGGGAAGAAGGGCUUGAGGCGGCAGCGGAGGAGGAGGAGGAAGCGGGCGGCAAACUCUUCGGCGAGGGUUUCUCCUCCUCCUCUUCUGUUUUCCCCUCCCACUUCCCUCCUCCCCAACUUUUCCACCAUCGCGGAAAAAAAGGAGGCGCCGGAGGUCGUGGCAUCGCUCUCCCUCCUCGGCGGAGCCAUGGAGCUGCUCUGCUGCGAGGGAGCCGCGGCCGCCACGAGGCGCGCAGCGCCAGACUCCAACCUGGUGCGCGACGAGCGGGUUUUGCGCAACUUGCUGGCCGUCGAGGAGCGCUACCUGCCCAGCUGCUCCUACUUCAAGUGCGUGCAGAGGGACAUCCAGCCCUUCAUGCGCAGGAUGGUAGCCACUUGGAUGCUGGAGGUCUGUGAAGAACAGAAGUGCGAAGAAGAGGUGUUCCCCUUGGCCAUGAAUUAUCUGGACAGGUUUCUAGCUGUGGUGCCCACCCGCAAAUGCCACCUUCAGCUUUUGGGUGCUGUGUGCAUGUUCUUGGCCUCCAAGCUGAAAGAAACCAUUCCCCUCACGGCAGAGAAACUUUGCAUAUAUACAGACAAUUCCAUCAGACCUCAAGAGCUCUUGGAUUGGGAGCUGGUGGUCUUGGGGAAAUUGAAGUGGAAUCUUGCUGCAAUCACUCCCCAUGACUUUAUUGAACACAUCCUGCGGAAGCUGCCUUUCCCUCGAGACAAGCUGCUUUUGAUCCAGAAGCACGCACAAACUUUUAUUGCUUUGUGUGCCACAGAUUUUAACUUUGCCAUGUACCCGCCAUCAAUGAUAGCGACAGGGAGUGUGGGAGCAGCUGUCUGCGGCCUGCAGCUGGAUGAGGGAGAAAGCCUUCUCUCUGGUGAGGUCUUAACAGAACUCUUGGCCAGAAUCACAAACACAGAAGUGGACUGCCUGAAAGCAUGUCAAGAACAGAUCGAGUCAGUUCUAGUAAGCAAUCUUCAGGAAGUCCCACAGCACCCAGGCGAUGCUUCAAAGACCAUGGAUGAGCUGGAUCAGUCCAGCACUCCCACGGAUGUGAGGGACAUCAACCUGUGAAGACAUCGUCAUGGAAAGUUGUGUUCCACCAGCCCCAUUUUAUUUUUGUUUUUUUGGUGUUAAAUCUUCUCUCUCACACACAGGCACAUUUCUAUUAAAAAAAAUGUUCCCACA